AUGUCACACAUCCAGAACUUCACGGACGCCAGUUCGCUAGAACCCCAUUGGGGAUAUGCUAGCCGUGUGGUCCCAUGUACCAACGAUCCCGGAUCUUGCAAGUACCUCGAUGUCGUCUAUCAUUCUCACGACUUAGGUAUGCUAUACUCUGGCAUUUUCUGGGCGACCGUUGCCGGCAUCUUAUUCAUAUGGACAAUGGGUCGUCGCUUGUUCCCCUCGAAGCGUGCAGAUGAGGAAGUCCUUGUGCCUGUACGAGCAUCUGCAUCUCGGCCAAGCAGUGCCAUCGAGCGACUUCAGCGUGCUAUUUCGUCACAUACUCGUCGAUAUCUUCUCCCCGAUUUCUCACGACCAAUCUUCGGACGUACUACACGAUUGCAAGUCCUUAUUUUUCUCGUCCUCACGGGAUAUCUUGCCGUCUGGUCUUUCGUUGGCAUUCUAUACGGCAAAUGGGUUACACCUGUGAAAAAGAUGCCUGGUGUCUACAGCACUCGCACCAGUCUCGGUCCGUGGGCGGACCGUAUCGGUAUACUCGCAUAUGCCUUGACCCCGUUGUCAAUCCUCCUCUCGAGCCGCGAAUCGAUCCUCUCGCUUCUUACUGGACUGCCAUACCAGAGUUUUAACUUCCUUCAUCGAUGGCUGGGAUACAUCAUUGUAGUACAGUCAUCUCUCCACACGAUUGGAUGGUGCAUCAUUGAGGCAAAGCUAUACCAACCUCAACCUACAGUCGGUCGUGCAUGGAUCAAACAACUUUACAUGAUUUGGGGCUGUGUCGCCAUGAUCUUAUUGUUCCUUCUCUUCGCUCUCAGCACGCCUUGGGCCAUCCGUCUGACUGGCUAUGAGUUCUUCCGCAAGUCUCAUUACAUCUUGGCCAUGGUAUAUAUCGGUGCUUGCAUUGGUCACUGGGACAAAUUAUCUUGUUACCUCAUUCCUGCGUUGAUUGUAUGGUUCCUCGACCGCGGCGCUCGCAUUGUACGUACUGCCAUUCUGCACUACACCGUCCUGCCUGGUGGUGAAGUUGCCUUUGGUCCUGCCAAGGCCUCGACUACUAUCUUCUCUGACCCCAAUGGCGAUGUCGUUCGUCUUGACUUCGUACACCCACAUGAUGCAUGGGCGGUUGGCCAACACUUCUAUCUCUGCUUCCCAGAAAGCAGUAUUUGGCAAUCUCAUCCUUUCACCCCACUCAGUCUACCCAUCCACGAUGAUGUGGCUUGUGGUGUCCAACACUCAUACAUCUUCCGUGCUAAAGGCGGCGAGACUAAGAAGGUGGCUCAGCUAGCAGUGAAGAAACUGCAACAGGCUAGUGGAGUGAAUCCUUGGACUUCGGUCAUACUUACCGGUCCUUAUGGCGAGGAGAUCACCACUCACCUCACACAAGAUGUCAAUAUACUAUGUAUUGCAGGAGGCACAGGCAUCACAUACGUACUCCCUGUUCUCCUUGGACUUGCACACCAACCUCGCUCUAUGAAGAGGAAAGUCACGCUUGUUUGGGCAAUCCGCCAAAAAGCAGACCUAGCAUGGGUGCAGCCAGAACUUGAUCGCGUACGACAACUUGCCAAGUCAAUCGAUCUGACCAUCCGCAUCUUCGUUACACGAGAAGCCGAAGGACAAUCCAGCGUUUCUGAAAAAGUCAAGUACACAGAAGACUUCAAAUCAGUCUCUGAACCUAUUGUCAGAUCUGGAUCUGACCAGACACCGGACUCUUCAUCUGCUGCUUCGACCUCUGCGGCAUACCCUUGCUGUGGUCCACCUUCUGAUUCGUUCGCUGUUCAGAAGACUGCAAUUCCGGCUUCUGAUCCAAGAGAUCAGCCUAUCCACAGACAUCCCGAUUUGAGCGUUCUUGUCAAGGAGUUUAUUGACGAGACUGUCUGUGGUAGGACAACUGUGUAUGCCAGUGGGCCUGGCCGCAUGAUUUCAGAGUUGAGAAGCAUUGUGGCCAAAGCCAAUGAUGGAUCAAAAGUGUGGAAGGCGGAAGAAAGAUACGAUGUCAAUCUCGUCUGCGACGAUAGAUUAGAAUGGUAG